AUGGCAUCCCAUGACAUCGUGGUCUUCGGCGGCGACCACUGCGGUCCCGAGGUCGUGGUCGAGGCGAUCAAGGUCCUCAAGGCAAUCGAGUCCCACAGCCCUGCGGCAGGCAAAUUCAACCUCCAGGAGCACUUGCUCGGCGGCUGCUCGAUCAACGCGCACGGCACGCCCCUAACCGACAAAGCGCUCGCGGCCGCCAACGCCGCCCACGCGGUGCUGCUGGGCGCGAUCGGCGGCCCGGAAUGGGGCACGGGCGCGGUGCGGCCGGAGCAAGGGCUGCUGCGCCUGCGCAAGGAGAUGCAGACGUACGGCAACCUGCGGCCGUGCUUCUUCCCGGCCGACUCGCUGGUCGACUUCUCGCCGCUCAAGGCCGACGUGUGCCGCGGCACAGACUUCACCAUCGUGCGCGAGCUGACGGGGGGCAUCUAUUUCGGCGAGCGCAAGGAGGACGACGGCGACGGCACGGCCUGGGACACGGAGCCCUACUCGCGCCCCGAGGUGGAGCGCAUCACCCGCCUCGCCGCGCACCUGGCGCUCGCGCGCGACCCGCCCGCGCCCGUCUGGAGUCUGGACAAGGCGAACGUGCUGGCCACGAGCCGGCUGUGGCGCAAGGUUGUGACCGAGACCAUGGAGAAGGAGUUCCCGCAGCUGGAGCUGCAGCACCAGCUCAUCGACAGCGCGGCCAUGAUCAUGGUCAAGAACCCGCGCGGACUGAACGGUGUUGUCGUCACGAGCAACCUGUUCGGCGACAUCAUCAGCGACGAGGCGAGCAUGAUCCCGGGCAGCAUCGGGUUGAGUCCUAGCGCUAGCUUGAGCGGGAUUCCGGACGGCAAGAGCAGGUGUAAUGGCAUUUACGAGCCCAUCCACGGCUCGGCCCCAGACAUCUCGGGCAAGGGCAUCGUCAACCCCGUCGGCACCAUCCUGUCCAUUGCCAUGAUGUGCCGAUACUCGCUGCGGUUACCGAAGGAGGCCGACGCCAUCGAGAAGGCAGUACGGACCGUGCUCGACAACGGCGUCCGAACGAAGGACCUCGGUGGCUCGGCUGGUACUAAGGAGAUGGGCGACGCCGUCGUGGCCGAGCUGAUCAAGGUGCUGAAGGGCUAG